GCGGCCUCAUCCGUGGCGUCACUGCACUCUCAUCCAAGCACACUUAACAUAAAUAAGUAACUACAGUGCAGUGUAAAUGCCUGCAGCAUGGAGAAGAGAAACAAGAUGCCUUUAAAGGUUUAAAACGGGCUUGUGUUCUCACUGGAAGCUGGUGUGUGGCAGGGCUUGCUGAACAUCCCUUAAUCAUUAUUCGUGUACUUAACAUCUCUUCGUGCUUUUCUGUUGCUAAUUUGUAUGAGAGGGCAAGUAAGUAUUUUGUGUGUACAUGUAUGUACUGAGAGAAUGUGUAUGUGCUGGUAUGUGAGGAUGCACGGACCCACGGCACAUGUAUAGGCUUCCGAGAACAGCUUUGGGUCUUAGUCCUUACCUUCCACCUAGUAGGUGAGAUCUCUCUUGACGCUUGUUUCUGUGUUGUAUAUUCAGGCAGGCUGGCUAGGGAGCUUCGAGUGUUCUGUCUCACCAUAGGAGUGCAGGGAUCACAGGUCCACCUCACCACACCCGGCUUUGUGCUUUUUACACAUUGAGCCAUCUGCCUCUGCCACCGCUCUGAAAAAUUUAGAGAAUAUAGUUUUUUUGGCUUAGUUUGAAACUGCACAGACAGCCAGAUGUGGUAUUACUGCCAGAUGUAUUACUUCUAAGUUUUGUUUUGUUUUUAGAUUUGUUUCAAAGUUGUGUGUGUGUGUGUGUUUAUGGCAUGUGUACAUGAGUGCAGAUGCUCUCAGAGUCCAGGAGAGUGUGUGUGAUCCCUUGGAGCUAGACUUUUAGGCAAUUGUGAGCCACCAGAGUGGGUGUGAGGAACCAAAUUCUGUCCUUUGCAAGAGCUCUGUGUAUUCUCACCUGUGGCAUCUCUGCAGCCCCCACCAGCAGUUCGGAAUUAGCCACUUAACGUCAGCGACUCAGUGUGUGAUUUGAACAUAACAUUGUAUUAGUUAGUGGUUGGCCAGGCCCUAAGUGCUUCCUGAGGUCCAGCACAGGCAAGCAUCAGAGUUGACCACACUGGUGUGUGCAGUAGACAGCGAGAGGGAAGAUGGGCUGAGGAGGAUGAGGAAGAGUAGAGGUCAGGAAGACUGUGUCUGUCUGUCUGUCUGUCUGUCUGUCUGUCUGUCUGUCUGUCUGUCUUCUGCGUUCCAUGAACACUUUUUAUUUUAUCCCAUCAACACUUUUUGCUUCUGGGAAGAUGUAACUUCAUCUUCCCAGAUCCACACUUUUUUUUUUACUCUCUUUUCACUUAGACUCUUUGUUUUUGUUUUUUGAGUCAAGGUCUUACCAUGUAGCCGUGGUUGUCUUGGGGCUUCCUGUACAGACCUGGCUGGCCUUGAACUCACAGAAAUCCACCUGCCUUUGCCUUCAGACUGACUGCUGGGACUAACGAUGCAUACCACCAUGCCUAGCUGUUCUGAGUUGUUAAAACCUACACGUAUUUAUACGUGUACCAUCCCCAUCACAUUUAGGGCCUGGCCAACCACUGGCUAAUACGAUGUGAUCUUUAAAUCACACACCGAGUCCCUGAAGUUAAGUGGCUAAAGACCUGCUAGUGAGGGCUGUGUGGUGGGAUCAUGUGGUCAUCAGGCUUGGUAGGGUGAGCCUCCAUCCACCGAGGCAUCAUCUCACUACCCCGAUUUUGAAUCUUUUCCUUUUUGGUUGUUAUUUAUGUUUGUUUGGUUUUUUUAAACAAAAAACACCAGGGUUUUUCUCUGUAGCCCUGGCUGGCCUGAAACUCACAGAGACCCACUUGCUUCUACUGCCAAAGCACUGGGAUUAAAAAGGUGAGCAUCACCACUGCUGGGCCCAUCUUGAAGUUUUUGUUUUUAAAUUAAUUUAUUUUUUAUUUUAUGUACAUUGGUUUUCUUCCUACAUGUAUGUCUCUGUGAGGAUGUCAGAUCCCCUGGAACUGGAAUAAGGGACAGUUGUGCUGGGAAUUGAGCCUUCAUCCUUUGGAAGAACAGCUAGUGCUCUUAACUGCUGAGCCACCUCUCCAACCCCUCAUUUUGAAGUUUUAAAAAACAAAUGUUUGCCAGUCUUCACUAGCCAAGCGAGUGAAAUGAAGAGGAUCACUAGGAAGAAGAGAAAUUAAUCCAGCAGGAACUGAGUAGUCUGAAGGCAACUGUUUCUGCUCCGACCACGACACUGAAAACGAUGAAGGAAUGUAUGGUGAGACUUAUAUACUGUGAGAUGCUUGGAUACGAUGCUUCUUUUGGUUAUAUACAUGCAAUCAAGUUGGCCCAACAAGGAAACCUCUUAGAAAAAAGAGUGGGUUAUUUGGCUGUUUCUUUAUUUCUACAUGAAAGUCAUGAACUUUUGCUUCUCCUUGUGAAUACAGUGGUAAAGACUGUCUUCUUUGCUUGCUUAUGGCAGGACCUGCAGAGCACUAAUCUGGUAGAAGUAUGUAUGGCACUUACUGUUGUCAGCCAGAUUUUCCCUCGAGAAAUGAUUCCAGCCGUUCUUCCACUAAUAGAAGAUAAACUUCAACAUUCUAAGGAGAUUAUACGAAGAAAAGCAGUUCUGGCAUUAUACAAAUUUUACCUCAUUGCCCCCAAUCAAGUACAGCACAUCCACACUAAAUUUCGGAAAGCGCUUUGUGACAGAGAUGUUGGGGUCAUGGCUGCCUCUUUGCACAUAUACCUUAGGAUGAUUAAGGAAAAUGCUUCUGGCUAUAAAGACUUGACGGAGAGUUUUGUAACAAUUUUAAAGCAGGUGGUGGGCGGGAAGCUCCCGGUAGAGUUCAGUUACCACAGCGUGCCAGCACCAUGGUUACAGAUUCAGCUCCUGAGAAUACUGGGACUGCUGGGGAAAGACGAUGAAAGGACAAGUGAAUUAAUGUAUGAUGUUCUUGAUGAAUCCUUACGAAGAGCCGAGUUAAAUCACAAUGUCACUUACGCUAUUCUGUUUGAAUGUGUACACACAAUCUAUUCUAUUUAUCCUAAGUCAGAAUUACUUGAGAAGGCUGCCAAGUGCAUUGGAAAAUUUGUUCUGUCACCUAAAAUAAACCUCAAAUAUUUAGGACUGAAGGCUCUUACCUAUGUUAUCCAGCAGGAUCCUUCUCUGGCUCUUCAACACCAGAUAACCAUAAUUGAAUGCCUAGACCACCCUGAUCCCAUUAUUAAAAGAGAGACUCUGGAACUUCUUUACAGAAUUACAAAUGCACAGAAUGUAGUGGUUAUUGUACAGAAAAUGCUUGAAUACUUACAUCAGAGCAAAGAAGAGCAUAUCAUCAUCAGUUUAGUUGGCAGAAUUGCUGAGCUGGCUGAGAAAUAUGCUCCUGACAACGUGUGGUUUAUUCAGACAAUGAAUGCUGUGUUUUCAGUGGGAGGAGAUGUAAUGCAUCCAGAUAUUCUCAGCAACUUCCUGAGACUGCUAGCAGAAGGUUUUGAUGAUGAAACAGAAGAUCAACAAUUAAGACUCUACGCAGUUCAGUCUUAUCUUACUUUACUAGAUAUGGAAAAUACUUUCUAUCCACAGAGAUUUCUUCAAGUUAUGAGUUGGGUGUUAGGAGAGUACUCCUACCUCUUAGAUAAAGAAAGUCCAGAGGAGGUUAUAACCAGGCUCUACAAGUUACUUAUGAGUGACUCCAUUUCUUCAGAAACGAAAGCAUGGUUGUUUGCUGCGGUAACCAAGUUGACACCUCAAGCUCAUUCUUCUCCCUUAGUUGAGAAAUUAAUCCAAGAAUUCACUGUAUCCUUGAAUACUUGUCUGAGACAGCAUGCAUUUGAAUUGAAACAUCUGCAUGAAAAUACAGAGCUUAUGAAGAGCCUGCUUCAGGGUGCUCAGAAUUGUGAAGACAUAGUGGCAGAUGCGUCUUUAUCUUUUCUGGAUGGUUUUGUGGCUGAAGGACUCAGUCAGGGAGCAGCACCUUAUAAGCCCCAUCACCAGCGCCAAGAGGAACAGCUCUCUCAGGAAAAGGUUCUCAAUUUUGAACCAUAUGGACUAUCAUUUUCUUCAUCUGGCUUCACUGGACGACAGUCUCCGGCUGGCAUUUCCCUGGGCUCUGAUAUAUCUGGAAACAGUGCCGAGACAGGGCUGAAAGAGACAAGCAGUUUGAAGAUGGAAGGGAUAAAGAAAUUAUGGGGUAAAGAGGGCUAUCUGCCCAAGAAGGAGAGUGGAACUGGUGAUAAACCGGAAGCCUCACAUGUUCCUGCAGAGGGUGCAACAGUGGAGAAUGUAGACCAAGCCACGACCAGAAAGGACCAAGCUCAAGGCCAUAUCCCUUCUACAGAGGAGAAAGAAAAGCAGCUGUUGGCAUCAUCGCUGUUUGUUGGGCUAGGACCAGAAAAUACAGUCGAUUUGUUGGGAAAAGCAGAUGUUGUGUCUCACAAGUUCAGGAGGAAAUCAAAACUCAAGGUAGCCCAAAGCGACAAGACACCCAGCGCUCCUACUGCUCCCUGCUCCGCCCUCAGCCUUGGCUCAGAUGUGGCUGGUGGGGAUGAGGACGGUCUGAGUGCUGUGGAUAGAGGGGACGGAGAACUCAGUUCAGAGCUUUUUCGUUCUGAGUCUCUCUCGGGGCCGCCCUCAGCUGAGAAGCUCGAGAGUGUCAGCUUGCCUGUGCCUUCUUUAUUUGCUGAUAACAACAUGGAAGUCUUUAAUCCCCCUUCAUCCUCUGCAACUUCAACUGUCAAGGAAGAAACUCCUGAGUGCAGGCAUUCAGGUCUCGUGGAAAUCUGCAGUAAUGAAGCCGUGUCUGUGUCUUCUUACAAAGUCUGGAGGGAUGAUUGUUUAUUGGUGAUCUGGGCAGUCACUAGUAAAACUGACUCAGAGUUCACAGAUGCUCAGUUAGAAAUUUUUCCUGUGGAAAAUUUCAAGAUCAUUGAGCAACCUGAAUGUUCUUCUCCUGUGAUAGAAACAGAACGCACCAAAUCCUUUCAAUACAGUGUGCAGAUGGAAAGCCCUUGUAUAGAGGGGACUCUCUCUGGUUUUAUAAAGUAUCAAAUGAUGGAUACGCAUUCUGUUCAACUGGAAUUUUCCAUGAACUUACCAUUAUUAGAUUUUAUUAGACCAUUAAAGAUCUCAACUGAAGACUUUGGCAAACUCUGGUUGUCCUUUGCAAAUGAUGUGAAGCAAACUAUAAAAAUAUCAGAGCCUGGAGUUGCUCUGACUUCUGUCCUAACAGAGCUGCAGCAGAACCUGAGACUUCGUGUGAUUGACGUCAUAGGCAAUGAAGGGCUGUUGGCCUGUAAGCUGCUCCCAUCCACCCCCUGUGUGCUGCACUGCCGAGUACAUGCUGACGCGGUAGCUCUGUGGUUCCGGUCCUCUAGCUCUGUUCUUUCAGACUAUUUAUCGUGUCACUGUCAAAAAGUGAUGCAGACAUCCUAGCGAAGUUGUGUUAAAUUUUACCUUUUCCACAUAAAUGGUUUACAUCUAUAACCUUACCAAAGUAAAAAGCACUCGUGGUACUUGUGAUGGAGGUGGGGGGCUGCAAGUUUUGGUUUAUGUGGUUUCUUCUUGAGUCCUGCUAAGAAUGAUCCCCAAGAAACUGUGUCAUCAAUUUUUUUACUCAGGAUUGUACAGUAUAUUCCCCCCCCCACAUGACCUAAGCUAAUAUUAUAAAAUGUUAAUGAUUUUAUGUCACUUAAUUUGGAGGGACUGAAAAUAUUUAUUUUGUUAUAAAUGUUUUAUAGCAGGUUUAUUCUAGCAUUAACUGAUUUCUAAUAAGGCUGAGACUCAGUUCUCUGCUUUGGUGCAGGGGACACAGAGACUGCUCAUCACCUGAAUCACACUUGGCUUUGGAGUGCAGAACCUGCUGUAAGGAAAAUCUGUGCUCUCGGCUCUGCUUUGCACAGGUCAGGGUUAAGCUGAGGCGGCCUAACACACGCUAACCAUUGUACAAGACCAUGGCAUGCUGGCUGUUAGGCAAACACAAUCUCUGGCUUUUACUUUUUAACUUGUUACACUUAAUUUUCAGUAAUUUGACCAUAAAGUAUAUCUGUUUGCUAUUAGACCCUUUUUGCAGUUAAAAUUUGUGAUCAUAGUAUAAAUGGCCAAUUGAUUAUUUUUUUUCUGGUCCUUAAAUCUACUAGUAUUAAGUGGAUGUUACUGAGUAGUGACUAUGUAAAUAUAUCCUACAAAUACUUCGGCAAAAUAUAUCAUUUAAAUGUUAUAUUUAUGCUUCUAGGCCCUCUAUUAGUAAAAGAAGAGAUUAUGCCUUGUGUGUGUGAUGGGCCAGAAUCUUGAGAUUGUAUAUUAACUGAAAUAGUAUUUUAUAAAAACUAAUGGUGCUGUGGGAAAUAUUUAUUUUACCCUUUUUGGUACUUCACCAUUGAAACUAUUCAGGUAAUACAACUUAAGUUAUUCUUAGUGGUCAGGCACUCUGGUUUUACGUUAUCUCACCAAUACUUGCUGUAAAGAUGCUGAGGAGGAGGCCAGGUGGUGGUGGUGGUGGUGAUGCACGCCUUUAAUCCCAGCACUCGGGAGGCAGAGGCAGGCGGAUUUCUGAGUUCGAGGCCAGCCUGGUCUACAGAGUGAGUUCUAGGACAGUCAGGGCUACACAGAGAAACCCUGUCUCAAAAAAAAAAAAAAAAAAGAUUCUACAGAGCUGUCAUCCAUAGUUAGAACAAGACAAAAAGUUAUAUUUUUUGUAUUUUUUAAGUUAACUUUUAAGAUAGUCAUUCAUAAAUGUAGCAUUUUGUUAACGUCGCUCUUAAAUACAUGCAGUUAAGCCUUGCUGAGAGAGGAGGGUGACGGAAUGUCCUGCACUUUGGGUUUCUCCCUUCAGAAGAAGGAAGACUGGAUGCAUCAGCAGCCUCGGCACUGUCGGGAUAGAGGGUUUGGAAGCAGCUGCUCCAUUAGCUUGCUCUUCCUCUUUAUGUUGCCAUUCCCAGCCUUCCCUGCUCCUUACCCAGGCUCGCCCUGACUUUAUCAAGCAGUGCGGCCAUGUGGUGUAGGACGGGCUCCUUUGUGUAUUUUUUCAGGCGUUUCUGUGGUCACUGAGUUUGGUCAGUUGUGGAGCAGGGAGAGUAAGGUAUAUAAAAUCACAGUGACAUCUGUCCGAAGGAUCAUGGUUUUUGCUUUCUUCUGCUUUGUUAUAAGGGAUGGUUAUGAGAGGACUCUACUGGCCUGUCUAACAGCGCAUGUGUAAACAGUAGGUUUGGGGUUGAGGCAUGACUUCAGAUCUGCCAAAGAGAACAUAGUGUCACUUUUGUUCUUUCUGAACUCAUUAAAUAAAAUGUAGAGUAACAGGGUUUCUACAGAAAUGUUUAAUACAAUGUUUACAAUGUUUAUGAUUUUAAUAAACUAAUAAUAAUAGAAAAGAGUAGAUAUUUUAAAACUUUGGACCAGUACAUAUUCUAUCUAAACUCACUGCAUUAUAUUCUGAAUCAGGCAUCGUCAACCUUUUUGAUCACAAAAUAGGGAGAAUUUUAGGUCUAGUUCUUGCGUGGGGCCAUCCAUAACACCUAGUCUCUUUACUUUAUAAUCAGCCAAUGAGGGUAGCGCUUAGGGGAAGAAUGGCUGUGUGCUGUGUGCCGGGCACCAUUACCAAGAAUGGAGGGCAGCAGAGCCAGGCUGGGGACAGAUAAAGGAGGACAGGAAGAGCAUGAGAGCAGCGGAAAGGAGGUGGCCAGGCUCCUAGCAGUCACCCAGGCGCUCAGCAGAAGAGCGGCCACUCAGGGUAUGAGAGGAGCCUGUCUUACCCUUCCCUACAGAGAAGCUGUGGGAGGAGCUGAGCCAUCUGAGAGCCAGUGUACAGGUGUGCCCAGCGCAGCAUGUGCUCUGCAGGGGAGUGUUGGCUGACGUGCUAAGCUCUUCCAAAUUGACUUAUAAAAGUACAGUAUUUUAUUUUCAUUUAACUGUAGGUUCUUUUAUUUUCUAUGGCUAAACAUGAUCAUUGUCACAUGGUAAGCCAUAAGAAGUGCACUGACCCUAUUCAUGUGUCUUUGAGCUGUUUUCUUAUGUCAGAACUUUAGGAGAGAACAAUGCAAGUGAAUAGCAACGUAAUAAAUGAUGCAUUUUUUUUUUACUUUGUUUUGGCACUGGACUGUGUAAAUUGAAAUUUUUUAAUUGAAUGUAUAAUAAAAACAUCUGUGCUUUUUGGGG